GAAGUUGGCAACUCUUUUGAUGUUGAGAGUCGGAAGACUAGCAUCUAUCGAGACAGCACAGGUAGUGACGUCAGCGAUGACAGCAGCUCGACCAGUUUGAAUAGUGCUACAUACAAACCGCACAAAGGAAAUGAUAAGAGGUGGGAAGCAAUUCAAGCAGUCAGAUCUCAUAAUAAUGGUGCAUUGGGAUUGAAGCAUUUCAGAAUUUUCAAGAAAUUAGGAUGUGGAGAUAUAGGCAGUGUUCAUCUAGCUGAGUUGAUCGGCACUAGAAGUUAUUUUGCCAUGAAAGUGAUGAAUAAAGAAGCUUUAGCGAGUCGGAAGAAACUUCUCAGAGCUCAGACGGAGAGAGAAAUUCUGCAAUCUCUCGAUCAUCCUUUUCUUCCCACUUUGUAUUCUCACUUCGAGACAGAAAAGUUGUCAUUUCUAGUGAUGGAGUUCUGUCCUGGGGGAGAUUUGCAUGCUCUUCGACAGAGGCAACCCGGGAAGUAUUUCCCUGAGCAUGCUGCCAGGUUUUAUGUAGCAGAGGUUCUUCUUGCUUUAGAGUAUUUACAUAUGCUCGGGAUCAUUUACCGAGAUCUUAAACCCGAAAAUGUUUUGGUGAGGGAAGACGGGCAUAUAAUGCUUUCAGAUUUUGACCUUUCCUUGAGGUGUGCCGUGAGCCCAACGCUGGUCAAAUCCUCGAACUCCAACCUGGAAUCAAAAAGCUCGGGAUUCUGUGUUCAACCAUCUUGUGUCAUCCAACCGACUUGUAUCCAACCUACAUGUUUUGGACCUCGUUUCCUAAGCAAAUCCAAGAAAGAAAAGAAAUCCAAACCAAAGACGGAAAUAUAUAAUCAAGUGAGCCCUCUUCCGGAGCUCAUUGCCGAGCCUACUAGUGCUCGAUCGAUGUCCUUUGUGGGUACACAUGAAUACUUGGCACCGGAAAUUAUCAAGGGAGAAGGCCACGGGAGUGCAGUAGAUUGGUGGACUUUGGGGAUCUUUCUCUACGAGCUGCUGUUCGGGAGAACACCUUUUAAGGGAUCCGAAAACCGGGCUACUUUGUUUAAUGUAGUCGGACAGCCCCUGAGAUUUCCCGAGUCACCUACAGUUAGCUUUGCUGCACGGGACUUGAUCAGAGGUUUACUGGUGAAAGAGCCACAGAAUCGACUUGCAUAUAGGCGUGGGGCCACCGAGAUCAAACAGCAUCCAUUCUUUCAGAGCGUGAACUGGGCUCUCAUUCGUUGUGCCAGUCCUCCAGACGUGCCAAAACCGUUCACGGUCGAGGUUGCACGCGCACCCACGGCAGGGAAUUCACCUGGCCUUGACGUGAAGCCUUCGGGUAAUUAUUUAGAGAUCGAUUUCUUUUGACCUUGUUUUCGUUAGAUGAUGGUAUCUAUUCUCUUAUGGUUCGUUUGGAACAUUCCUUUGUCAAACAAAGUGAGAAAGUGCGACGAAACAUAAUACUGCUGCUGAAAUUCAAAUGCACAGGAGUGAUUUACUGGAUAUUGCUAUUUGCUACUAUCAGUAGGCUCGAACCCCUCGUAAUCGAACUCUGUAAAAGUGACGUAUUGCAAUUCGCUUUUUA